CUCCUCCCCCUCGCGGCGGCCGGGCCACCAGCGCAGAGUCCCCCUGCACGCGGCACAUGGGGCGGCUGACCGAGGCGGCAGCCACGGGCGGCGGCGCUGCAGCGGCGCACGCGGCGGGCCUCCCUCCCACUCCCCUGCCCCUGUCGUCCACGUCCCCCUGGUGCGUGGCCACCAUGGCGUCCAGCGAGGAGGACGGCACCAACGGCGGCGCCUCGGAGGCCAGCGAGGAGAAGGAGGCCACCGGCAAGAGGAGGCGCCGUGGCUGGUUGGCCACCAUCUGGCUCACCUUCUACAACAUCGCCAUGACCGCGGGGUGGUUGGUUCUGGCAAUUGCCAUGGUACGCUUUUAUAUGGAAAAAGGAACACACAGAGGUUUAUAUAAAAGUAUCCAGAAAACACUUAAAUUUUUCCAGACUUUUGCCUUGCUUGAGAUAGUCCACUGUUUAAUUGGAAUCGUACCCACUUCUGUGCUUGUGACUGGGGUCCAAGUGAGUUCAAGAAUCUUCAUGGUGUGGCUCAUUACUCACAGUAUAAAACCGAUCCAGAAUGAGGAGAGUGUGGUGCUUUUUCUGGUCUCGUGGACUGUGACAGAGAUCACUCGCUAUUCCUUCUACACAUUCAGUCUCCUCGACCACUUGCCAUACUUCAUUAAAUGGGCCAGAUAUAAUUUUUUUAUCAUCUUAUAUCCUGUCGGAGUUGCUGGUGAACUUCUUACAAUAUAUGCUGCCUUGCCAUAUGUGAAGAAAACAGGAAUGUAUUCAAUACGACUUCCCAACAAAUACAAUGUCUCUUUUGAUUACUACUAUUUUCUUCUUAUAACCAUGGCUUCAUAUAUACCACUGUUUCCACAACUCUACUUUCAUAUGUUACGACAAAGAAGAAAGGUGCUUCUUGGAGAGGUGAUUGUUGAAAAGGAUGAUUAAAGAUCCCUACAAACAAGGUGCUUUUUUCAGACUAACCAGGAUUACUUGAGUCCAAGUUUUAAUAGCAAGAAUAAAGAACUUCAUAAAGUA